AUGUUUUUAAAAAUAGUCUACUUCUUCUUUAAACUAAUCGGCUUAGCUCCAUUUGCAGUUAAGGAAUAUCAAUCAAGCAUCAGAGUUCACUAUUCUAAAAAUGGCAAUCUAUACAAUUGCCUGUUAAUAAUUUUUGGGUUGUAUUUAAGCUUUCUUACCUAUAAAAAGUAUCUAAACUCCGAAUUUCCUAUAAGGUCAGACCUUAGUCAAGAAUUUUUACUUGUUAAAGCUCUCCUAGGCCUCAUCAGCUUGAUAUCUUUUUGGACGGCCAUAUGCUUGAAGCAAGAGAGCGCAGUGAGAAUCUUCUACAAACUUAUCGAAGUCGACAAAUUAACAUCAGAAGAACUGAAACAAGUAACUUACAAUUCAACAAAGAAACUUUUAACAAUAUACUGCAGCAUAAACUUAUUUUUGUGGAUCAGCAUCAUGAUCAUUGACAUGUUAGCCUUUAACAGUCUUUUCAAUUCAACCUGGCUGAUCACGAGCUUGCCACGCUUUAUUGAAAGCUGCUGGUUCAUCAUCCAAUAUGGAUUAAUCGCUAAUUUGUUAAAAAAACGAUUUAGUUAUCUAAAUUCGUCAUUUGAAACUUUUGCUAAUAAUAUCGCGCCGUUUAAUGAAGUCAAAAUGAUAAACGAGUUUCUGCAGUUGACGAAUCUGUAUAGCUUGCUUUAUGAAAUAGUCCAGGAAAUAUCAGAGUUUUACUCAUUUCCAAUAUUUCUAAUUACGACGUACUUCUGUGGGUCUAUUGUUUACACAUCGUAUUAUUUGCUACAGCCGUUUGUUUAUUACACUGAAGAGUAUACAUUUUUACUGACAUGCAAUUCAAUACAGUAUUUGUGCAUGGAAUUGUUUCCGAUUGUAAUUUUGACUAUCAACAUUACUGCUCUUACCAAUGAGGUUCCAAUUGAUAUAUUAAAUAUAAUUAAAUUUUUUUUAGGUAAUUAUAAUUUAGUAAUUAAAAGAUUUUCAAUAACGUUACUUACAAGAAACAAUCAAUUUACAGCUUACAAUUUCUUCCCUAUUAAUUGCACUCUACUUCACACGAUUAUCAGUACAACUGCUACAUACUUGGUAAUUUUAUUCCAAUUCCAACACGAUUCUAAGGAAGAUGAU